AGACUGCAAAUUUAAAUAGAUUUACAUUUCAUUGAUAAGCCAUAAGUAUUUGGACAGCAAUUAAUUAGAGCAAUGAUAUAGAAAAGAAACGACAGAAAAAAGCAGGUGUGCCGCAUCGCGAUAAUCUAAAUACAUACACAUUCCAGCUCAGUUGAGCUCAAGCAACAGAGACGGGCACACAGCCACAAAAAAAUGUUCGCAACGCUAAAAAACAAAAUCAAGGAGGAAACUGGCGAAGAUGUGUCAACGUCAGCACCGCAGGCCCAUCAACGGCACAACAACAACAAUAACAAUAUCAAUAAUUAUCGCAUACGCAGUCGUCGUGUAAGCAUCAAUUCCAAUCUAGCUGAAGAGGUGGGCGCGGGCGGAGGCAUUUACAAUGAGAGCGACCAAGUGUGCCAGAUGCGAAGUCAGUGCAAUGAGCUCGCCGCCAGAGUGACCAGCCUUAACCAAAGUCUGCAUCAAUUGCAAGAGGAAAAACUCCGUGUGGAUAAGACAAAUGAGAUUCUCUUGGAAAGCGUACGCGUUGCACAGACCCAAAAGGAUAUCUAUUGCGAGGAGCAGGAGAAGAUACAAAAUUUGCAACGAAUCGAAAUUGAUAAACUGAAAAAUUUGAUAGGUUUCCGCGAACAGGAAGCCGUCGAUCAUAUGAAUUCCAUACGCCAACUGCAGCAACAGAUUGAGAACUUUAGCCAGGAAUUGGAACGUUUGCGUCAAAUCGAACCGAUUGCUGAGGAUUUGCGCGAUGAACUCGAACAGCUGCGGCAUGCUACACAGCACGAGAAGAGCCAGUUGACGACAACACUAGCCGCUGUUCAGGAGGACAAUCGUAAUCUGCAAAUGCGUAUGCGAAUUGUGGAAGAGGCACGUCUGGAAACGUUGCCCACAUUGAGGCCGGAGCAGCAGGUCCAAGCUCUGGUGCAUGAGCACAAGUUGCUCGAACAGCAUUUGGAGGAGGCGCAUCUGCAACUCGCCGACAUCAAGAGCUCGUGGAGUGGCCAAAAUUAUGCACUAGAAAAGCAAGUUAAUCGUUUGUCCCAACAAGUUGCCGAGGAAACAACCGAGAAGCGAAAGGCUCUGAAGGCACGCGAUGAUGCCAUCGAGUGUCGCAAACAGGUCGCUUUUGACUUGGAGAAGGCCAACUGUGAGAUCAAGCAAAGAGAUGAUAAGAUUAAACUAUUGGCCGACGAAAUCGAUGAACUUAACUUGGCGCUGAAAGAGUGCCGUGAGGAGAACGAACAGCAAAUUCUCUUUGAGCGCAACAAAUCUGCUACGCUGACCGCCGAAACGAAAGAUCUCAAAUUAAGACUGGCGACGGCCGACGAAAGAUUCAGUGAAUAUGUGAAAAAUGCCGAGCAAAUUGCACAAAAAUUGCGUACGCAAAUCACCGAGAAACAGGAACAAUUAGGAGACACUCAAUUGAAGCUGGAAGUGGAGCGGGAGGAGAAGCUAACGGCGCUUUUGCGCAAUGCGGAAAUCUCGCAAAGCGAGGAGCUGCUCAAGCAGCAGCUGCGCCUCGAGCAAACCGAAUCGAAUGAGCUCCACGACAAAAACAAGCAGCUGGAACAGGAUAUGCUGGAGGUACGCCAAUCUGUGCAACUGCUCAACGAUGCCGCCAAGCAGAAUGCCAAAGAUCAGGUAACAUUAGAGUCGACGCAACGCGAAAUUGUCGAAAAGAAUAAGACAAUAAAGACGCUUAAUCAACGCUUGGGUGAUCUGAAAAAGACGCUGCAAAAGGAAUUUCGAAGUUCGCAAACAGCAACAAUUGAUGUUGUGGAUACGGAUCAAGUAUUACCCGCCUUUAGAAUUUCAAAUGCUCCGCUCGAAAACUUUCAAUCGGACAACAAACCCAAUUGCAUUAUAAUGGACGAAGUGAAUUUUAAAUAUUUAAAACAUGUCAUUGUUAAGUUCCUCACAAGCAGAGAGGUCGAAGCUAGACAUCUUGUGAGAGCCGUUUCCACUUUACUGCAACUAAGCCAGGAGGAGGAGAAAUUGCUCCACGAUACUUUAAACUGGAAAAUGAGUUGGUUUGGCGUAAAACCGAGUUAAAUUCGAGUUAAUACAAGUUCAUUUAGUACAUAAAUCCAUAUGUACAUAUUACAUUCCAUUUCUAAAUGUACAAUUUAGUUUGUCAUUUGUACUAUGUACAUACAUACAUUGUGUUUUUGUUUUGUUUUUUAAAUUGUUAGGCGAUUAGACGUAUUUUGAUACUGUGUUAAUUAUUGUGUUAAUUUAAUUAACUUUCUGUUUAUUAGUUUUAUAAUAUAUACAAUAUUUUGUUAAAUAUACAUAUAUACACAU